CGGGGCAGGCACAGCGCGGGCCGGCCGCAGGUACGAGCGGAGCGGCGGAGAGCGGCCGGGCCGGCGCGGCCAUGGGGAAGGUGCAGCUCUUCGAGAUCCGCCUGGGCGACAGCCGCGUCGUCUACAGCCCCGGCGAGCCGCUGGCCGGCACCGUCACCGUGCGGCUUUCGGGCUCGCUGCAGUACCGAGCCAUCAAGGUGAGCUGCAUUGGAUCCUGUGGGGUGUCCAACAAGGUCAAUGACACAGCAUGGACUGUGGAGGAGCAGUACUUCAACAGCACGCUGUCUCUGGCAGACAAAGGGGUCCUGACAGCUGGAGAGCACAACUUUCCCUUCCAGUUCCUGCUGCCUGCCUCUGCUCCUACAUCAUUUGAAGGCCCUUUUGGCAAGGUCCUGCAUCAGGUGAAAGCUGUGAUAGACACACCUCGCUUCUCCAAGGACUACAAAUGCAACAAGAUCUUCUAUGUUCUCUGCCCUCUCAAUCUGAAUGACAUCCCUGACAUUGAGCAGCCCAACACCAUGUCCAUCACCAAGAGGUUCAACUACAAGCUUGUGAAAAGUGGCAACAUCAUCCUGACAGCCACAUCUGAUCUGAAGGGCUACAUCGUGGGCCAGGCCAUCCAGCUGCGCACAGACAUCGAGAACAAGUCCGGCCGCGACACCGGCGCUGUGGUGGCCAGUCUGCUGCAGAAAGUGGCCUAUAAAUCCAAGCGCUGGAUUUACGACCUGAGGACCAUCGCCGAGGUGGAAGGCUCAGGGGUGAAAGCCUGGAAACAUGCAGAAUGGAAGGAGCAGAUCCUGGUUCCAGCCCUGCCCCAAUCCAUUCUGCAGGGCUGCAGCCUCAUCCACAUCGACUACUACAUCCAGAUCUCCCUCAAGUCUCCAGAGGUUUCUGUCACUCUCCCCAUCUACAUUGGAAACAUUGCUGUGAACAGGGUCCCGCUGAGCCCGUCCCGCUCCAUCCAGCACAUCCCAUCUGUGGUGGUCCCCAGUGCCCCCCCAGAGGAAGAGGAGGCUGCCAGUGGCUAUCACCCCAUGGACAAUGUCUCCAUCCCCACCAAAAGCCAUUCCCAGCAGCAGCCCUUUAGCUACGCCCCAGGACUGAGCUUCCAGGAGAUGCGGGCGGACUCGGAGCAGACGGGCUCCCCAAACCACCCCACACUCUGCCUGUCCACGGGAGCCACUGUCCCCUACUAUGCUGAGGGGAACGUGGUGCCUGUCCCCACAGCCAGCUCCCUCAUCCUGCCCCCAGAGUACAGCACCUGGGGAUACCCCUACGAGGCACCUCCAUCCUACGAGCAGAGCUGCAGCAGUGCCAACUCCAGCAUCAGCAAUGGCAAUUAGCCCUCCCCUGCUCCGAGCCCACCCUGGCACCACGGGGCACCUGCCUGUGGCAAAGUCUGCUGCAGCACAAGGCAUCUCUUGUCUCUCUGGCUGCUUUGUGGGGGGAACUGCCACAUCCCAGCCUGGGCUUUGUAAGUCUCUUUCUAGGGAGGGAGUAAAAAAACCAAAAAGGGCAGCCAGAGCAGCCUGCAUGCCUGUAGGAGAGGUCUGGGAAACUGAGCUGUCUCCUGCUGCUGCACCAAGUGCUGGAGAGCUGGAUGUGGCCCUGGGAUGCCCUGGGCAGCAGCCUGUUCAGUACUGUAGUCAACACUAACUGCUUUACUAUCAAAGCACCUGUGAUGCCUUAUCUGAAACGCCCUGUCUUGGCACAGCUUCGCUCUAGGGGAAGGCUGGGCUGUGUGGACUUCCCUCUUUUAGGGGCUCUGUGCUCUCCACAAAUUGUUUUGACAGCCCUUCCUCCUUGUCCUCAGAGGUCCCAAGGGUAGCAGGUUCAAAAGGACUUUUGAAAAGCCAAAAGCACAAGGCCUUGCUGUACCUGAGCUGUGGGGGGAGUGACUGGCAGAGUGAGAGGCCAUGGGCACAGGGCAUAGGCCCUGGUGGGCUCUGGGGAGGAUCCUGGUGCUCCAUGGGGUGCCCUUUUCCAGCAGGGGUGGCUUUUCCCCGCCCUUGCUCACUGCUGGGCCCUGGCACACAGGAUAACAUCACUGGUCACUCUGCCAGUGGGGGGACCACACUCCAUGGCCCAUCUCUGCUCCUGCUGGGUGUGUAUCAAUCACAAAAGUCUGUCUGAUGCUACCUCUGAGUCUGCCCUGGGGCUCCCCCAUGGGAUCCUUCCCUUGGGCCACCCUCUGGGGGCUCUCCCUGGGAGUGGCUGUCCCUGCCAGGCAGCCACAAGGGUGCUGGGCUGGGGCCUGCUGUGCCACUGGUUUGCUGUGUGUCCCCUGAGCCUGAGCAGAAUGUGACAAUGGCCACAAAGCCUGUGGGAGCUGCUGUGCUCACCCACAGCCUCUGCUGCAGUCAGGGGAACAAGCUGAGUUUUCUUGCAACUUUUCUUUUGUGCUUUUUCUCCCUCACACACCUUGUUUAGCUGGUUUAGCAUUGACUGCCCAAGCUGAGGAAACCACAAGCCACAUCCCUCAGAGCACAGGUGCCCAGCCAGGCUGGAGCUGUGGCCUCCAGACCUUUGGCACCUCAGAGCUGCUCCCCAGUCUGGGCAGGCAAUACCUGACAGACCUGUAGGAGCAUUUCCAGCUGCUGCCUCCCUGCUCAGCCACCUCUGCACAACCCUCAGGCAGCUGGGACAGGCCCUGCUUUGCACUCUUUCUUUGCAAAUGCUUUUUUUUUUUUUUUUUUUUUGAAGCAUUGAACUGCUUUAAGGGUAGCAUAGGGAAGGUGCCAUUCUGAGCAGUGCUGGCACAACAUGCACCAAUGCUGAUAGAGUGAUUGUCAUUGUCCCUGAAUAUAUAUAAAUAUAUAUAUAUAUGAGAUGAAGUUGUUUUUAAUGAUUGAAUUCAGAAAUACAAAUUUUAAUGCUGUAUUUAAUAAAUUAUUCUAUGAGAAA